AUGAUGCAGCAAGAAAAUGAAAGACCAAUAGUAGGAAUAUUGGCACAAGAAGUAUCAGAUAUUAUAAGCAAAAAAUAUCCAUACAGUAAAAGCUAUAUCGCUGCAUCUUAUGUAAAAGCUGUUGAAGGAUCUGGAGCAAGAGUGAUUCCAAUUUUUAUAAACAAAAAUGAAGCUUACUACAGAGAUAUUAUACGUUCAAUAAACGGAUUAGUUCUACCAGGCGGAAAUGUCUGGUUUUAUGAAUUUGAUGAUAAAACACCAAAAGAAAAUGGAUACUUAAGAGCUAGUGAAAUACUCUAUGAAGAAAUAAAAAAGAGAAACAAAGAAAACAAAGAAAAUUUUCCAAUUCUUGGAAUAUGUCUAGGACUUGAAGUUAUGCUUUUUAUUGAAGCAGAUAAAAAAGAAUGCAGAGAUACUUGUAGACCGAAUCACUCAAUAAUGUCAUUAGACUUGUGUUUGGGUUACGAUGAGAGCAGAUUGUUUAAAAAUAUGAAUGAAACAGAAAAGAAUAUUGUAGACAUUUUGCAAAAACCUAUGCAUUACUUUAGUCACCAGUUUUACAUAUCACAUGAAGUAAUGAAAAACAAAUUUAAUAAUGAUUGGAAAAUAAUAUCAACAACCAAACUAGAAAAUCAAAAUACUUUAAUUAUUGCAAUAGCUGAAUCAAAAAAUUUUCCUUUUAUCGGCUUACAAUUUCAUCCAGAAAAAAUAUAUGAAUGGUCAACAAAACAGAAGAGGAACCAUUCUCAAGAAGCAGUAACUGCUUGCAGAUAUUUCUUUGAUUGGCUGAUAAAAGAAUCAAAGAAAAAUAAAAAUAAAUUUGAUAAUAGUGAUCUAGAAAAUGCAUUAUUGAUAAGCAACUAUCACAAAACAUUUACUUCAGGAAGAUUAAAUUUUGAUGAAUUAUAUUUAUUUGAUGAAAAUAAUUCAACUCAAAUAUUAAUAAAACAGACAAGUUUAAUUCAUUGUGUAAUAUAA